UUCAGAUGGGAUUGUUUUGCCGAUUGCACCUGAGCAACAAAUCAAGAUGGAUUUUUUCCACCAACACAACCACUAUGACAGUUGUGAAAUCUGCUGUAGAUAUCAAACGAAAUCACUUCAACUUGACCGAGGAAGAGGCUAUUUUACACUCUCUUGUAAACAAAAUUGAACCUCAAUUGAACUCAGAGGAUCAGCAAAUAUUUAAGCAUUACGUGUAUCAAAUUUUCCCUGGGAUAGAAUUAAUGAUAUUUGAAAACAACGAUUUGAAAGGUGCUCUGGAGUCAGCUUUUCAAGAUAACGGAAUGGAGCCACUUGAGGAGCAAAUAAAAUUCGGCCUGCAACUUUUUGAUGCUAUUCGCGGUAGCCAACCAGUCGCGUUAGUUGGCAAAUCUAUUUCUGGAAAGACGACCACACUUAAAAUGCUAAUUCACGCCUUGAGGAAAUUAAAGCUACCUGAUUUUUCAACGAUUAAGCUCCACGCUAUUAAUCCUGAUUUACUAAGCUACAACGACAUUUUCGGGUUGAAGCAAGAAAAUAAAUUGAUACCUGGUAUAAUACAAAGAAUUUUACAAGCGUGUGAGCCAGAUGAGCGAGUUGAUUCACACUGGAUAUAUUUUGAUGGCACAGUGAGCGAUACUUGGUUGGGAAACGUGGUGCAGCUUUUAGAUCAUAAAUAUCAAUUCUGUGGUCUCAAUGAAAUGGGACUAAUAUUGACCAACAGGAAGGCGAAAAUCCUGAUUGAAACAAGUUCGUUAGACGCAGUAUCUCCAAACAUCAUCAGCGCUUUCUGCUCCAUUUAUUUCGGAGACUUACAUAUUGGGUGGCGGCAAAUUGUUCAACCGUGGAUCGAAAAAUUUGAGGAAGGCGCUUUAAAAUUGGAGCUUCAACUUCUGUUUUCGGAGUCUUUGCAAAAAUGCUUUGAUUUUAAAAAGGCUAGAUGUUCAGAAAGGAUUCGGCAAAAUGAAGUGAGCGCAUCCAAGAACCUGUGUGCCAUUUUGCAAUGGCUUAUAUCGAAACACCCGAAAUUCAACGGCGAAAAGGAAACUACACAGCUCGCGAAGAAGUGGUUUUACUUCAGGUAUAUUUGAUAAGAUGCUCGAAUGUUUUCGGCUAAAAGUUUUUGCAGUGUUCUUUGGGGGAUUUUUGGAGCGACUCAUGAAUCUUGUCACUCUUUGGUUGACGAGUUUGUGCGGUCAUUGGAGAGUGAUGUGUUUCCGAAAGAGGAAACUGUGUUUGACUACUUUGUGGAUUCCAAGCGGAAGAAGUUUGUCAACUGGACCAGCACCAUACCACGGGUUUGGAAAUACCACCAAGGAUUACCAGUUCAUGAAAUCCUGGUUCCAACUGCAACUUUAGCGAAGUUCCAAUACGUAUUGAAAAUUCUCAUUGAGCAAAAACGUCCCGUGCUUGUCAGUGGCUGUCUCGGAAGUGGAAAAUCUUACACAAGCGAUAAAGUCAUGGAAAGCUUUGAAUGUGAAAAAUACAGUAGCUUGAAAAUCAGUUGCACAGCAAUGACUAGCAAAACUGUGUUGAUGGAUAUUAUCUCUAAAAAAAUGCAGCCUAGAUCAAAUAAUGUCUUAGCACAUAAGAAAGCUAAAUCUCUUAUACUGUUCAUUCAAGAUCUGAAUUUGACAGAGAAGAAUCCAUCGGCGGCUGAAAUUUUCCGCCAAUGGCUUGACUAUGGAUUCUUUAUGAAUGAGAAUUUACAGGAGUCUGCAUUAGAACACUUGGGCCUCAUUGUGUCUCUGAGUCACAGGGGAUACGAUAUGAAUUUGGACGAAAGGCUUAGCAACAAAUUUGCGAAUUUGAAUUUCUCAAGCCCCACGGAUAGCGAGCUUGUCCACAUUUACGGUUCAAUUCUCGGCCAACACCUACUUCAUUUCGGAGAGCACAUCAAAGUUUUGGGAAAUCAACUGGUCGAAUCGACAGUAGCAUUACACAAAUCAAUCAAAGCAAAUAUUGUUGCUAAUAUAGACAACCCUCAGUGUGUGUACAGCCUCCAGAUCUUGUCACAGGUUAUUCAGGGAUUGACAUUGAGCAAUGUAAACCACCAUAACACUUUGCCAGCAAUGUGCAGAUUGUGGAUGAACGAAAUGCAGCGGGCGUACGGUUCGAGGCUGACAGAAAAGAGAUUAAAAGAUCAAAUUUGGAAGGAGGCAUUGUCACAUAUGAAGCAUAAAAUUGGCUUGGCUUAUGCUGAUUUGUACCCAGAUAAAAUAAUACCUUUGAUUGGGUUGUAUAGUGAUAAAGAUGAUGAACUUGAUAGUCAAGUGGAGAUUUCAAUAGAAAACGCUAGUGCACGGAUUGAGAACGCUUUGCUGGAUUACAAUAGUGACAAGAAAAACACUGAACUGCAAUUAGUAAUAGUUGAUGACACAGUACAGAAGGUGACUAACUUGGUCCGCAUUUUGUCGCAGCCCUCAUACCACAACAUCAUUCUGAAUGGAGAGGCUGGAAGUGGAAGAAAAUCUCUCCUUAAACUAUCGUCAUUUAUUUGUGGGUUGUCGUUUGUACUUGUGGAGCUCAUCAGUGGAUUCGAAGAAUUCAAGCUCUUUUGGAAAAACAUUAUUUUAAGGGCUGGAUUGGGAGGAGAAAAAAUUCUAGUUGGCAUAGAUGGAGAGCAUAUAUGUGAUGGAAGGUUUUUCGAACUCAUUAACUGCAUCUCGGAAAAUGGUACGUCUCCUGGACUUAUUUCAUCAGACGAACUUGAUAAAUUACGAUUAGUUGUCCCUCUAAAAUAUCGUGAGAACGUGGAAAUGUUUUUGGUCCAAGAAGUGAAGAAAAAUUUGCGCAUCGCAAUUAAAUUGAACUUCAACAAGGAUUUCCUCAGACACUUCCUUGUCAGCAAUCCAGCGUUUUUGAAGUGGAAUAUUGUUGCUCAUGAAGAAUGUUCUUACGAAACGUACCUCCAUGCUACCUCAAAAUAUAUAUCUAACCUUGAUCUGCCUUUCAUGAACGACAGAAAAGAACAAAUAGCGAUGUGUUUCGCCAAGUUUCACUCAGAUCUUUUAAGCGAGAUAAGGAAACAAGGCUGGGAAGCCAAAAUCACACCUGUUCAUUUAUUUCAGUGCCUAAGAACAUUUGAGAGCACGGUAGAAGAGCAACAAACUCAACUGCAAUCGAAGAGAGAAAUGUUUAAAAAAUGCACGGUUCAAUUAACAGCAUCCAUGAAAAAAAUGGCGGCAAUGUCUUCAGCACUUUUACGAGCACAAAGAAAGGUUGUCGACAGCCAGCGACAGUGCGAAACAGCUUUGGUUAUGUUGGGCCAAAAGAAGCGAGAAGUUGAGGAGCAAAAAUCCUUACACGAGAAAAAGCAGCAUCAAAUUGAUCAGGAAGAAGUUUCCAUUCAGCAACUAGCUAGAAUCGCUCACCAAGCAAUGGACGAGGCUAUUCCGUACCUAGAGGAUGCAGAUUUGGCACUUGAGACGAUUGAACCGAUCGACUUACAAAAUCUGCGAUCAUACGGAAGACCGCCACCCAUUGUAGAAUCAGUUAUUUCUGCAGUAAUGCUUUUAAAGCAAGCCGAUCCAACUUGGGCAGAGGCCAAACGGCAACUUGCUGAUCCAACAUUCAUUGAACAGCUCCACCAGUUUGACAAAGACCACAUUCCGGAAAAAAUUCUUAAAAGUGUCUCAUUAAUUACAAGCAACGAGGACUUUGUAUUGGAAAAAAUCGAGCUCAUUUCCAACGGAGCCAAAUUGUUGGCGCAGUGGGUGCUAGCGAUGGAAAAAUAUGGGAAAAUAUACAGAAUUGCUGCCCCGAAGCGUUCUAAGUUAGAGCGUGCGUCUAAAGAACUGCGAGAGCACCAAGCAGAGCUUGCAGAUAUAUAUUCCAAAAUUAUUGUUCUCCAGAAUAAACUCGUCAAGCAGAAAGUUGAAUAUGAGAAAUGCUUGGAGAGCAAAAGAAUCCUGGACGCAGAGGUUGAAGACAUGGCUUCAGAGCUGCAAAGAGCAAAUGAUUUGCUGACAGAUCUUUCAACUGAGGAACAGGAAUGGCAUACGUUUGAUGACAAUUUCCACCUUGUUUGCAAAGGCAAAUGUGUACAAAACAUCAACCGCUCAAUCCAGUACCAUUACUUUGGGGCGCUUAAACACAAUGAAAGACUAUCUUCGUUAAAAAUACUGAAAAAUUUGCUUGAUGAAUUACGGCUGAACGAUGAGGAUCGAUGCGUAGAUGACAGUGCUAUGACAAUAAGAAGAUGGAACUUGCAAAAGCUCCAUGAAGAUCGGUAUUUAGAACAGAGUGCGGAAAUAGUGAUGAAAAUCGGCAUAUCAGAACACAACCAAAGACCGACCCUUAUGUACGAUCCUCAAGGGUUAACACUUUCAUGGUUAAAAGAAGUCUACGUUGAUUGGGAUCCAGCAAAAUUGGUGUAUUUGAAGGUCAGUGACUGCGAAUUGGUAGAAAGAGUCACUACAUCUUUGCAAAGAGGAGAAAUUAUCUUUAUAUUAGAUUUAACCUUGAAAUUCUGUUCGAAAGCAAUUAGUAUUUUAAAUACCAUUCAAAAUGCUGAUCAUGAGAGACGGCCAGAAAUAUACUUUUUUGCGUCAGUUGAAAAUGUACUUACCAAUCCCAUCAUUGCAUCACAUUUCAAUAUCGUGGAAUUUUCGUGUCAAGUCGAAGGUCUCCAAAACUGUCUCCUGGAUGUUUUCGUUAAGAAAGAAAACGGAAUACUGCAUGCUGACAGAAUUGAGAAUUCCAAAAAAAUUUUGUUGGAAUCGCAAUCACUCAAAAGGCUUGUUCAUAAACUUCAAAAAACAAUUUUGGAAUGCAAGGAAACAAUUUUAGAUGACAAAACAGUCAUGGAUACACUGGAGAAAACUAAAGAAGCACUAGACUAUUCAAAAAAGACCAUGUCAGCGCUACUUGAAAAUGAAGAUCACAUAAACCAGCAUAGAAAGCACUUCGUCCAAAUGUGCAAUGAAGCUGCAAACUUCUACGUAAUGGUCAAAAGGCUAAACAAAGUUGACUCGUUGUUCACUCUAAAUUUAGAAGCAUUCAUCUCAUGUUUUGAGAGAGCUAUCCCUUCUAAAAUACCCUCUAUACUGUCACCAAAACAUCGAGCGGAUUUUGUUCGCAACCAUGCUUUGAACAUCUACAGCAUGUGUCUGCCUAAAUUCAAAGAGGAACACAAACUACUAUUAUCAUUUGUGAUUUGUCUCUGUUUCCUUGAAAAUUCUGGAGACGGGCCACUUCAACUUUAUGUCGACUAUGUGCUGCACAAAAUGAAAAUAUCUUCAGAGGAAAGUGAUUCAAACGGCAUUGGAUGGGUGUCAGGUGCUGCUUGGAAAAACGUGCAAAUUUUGCAAAGUUUUGGAGGACCGUUUGUGAAUUUAGCGAGAGAUCUGGAAGCAAACAAGGAAGAUUGGAAGAUUCUGUUGCGGUGCGAACACGCAGAACAAUUGGAUUUGCCUGGCGUUUAUAACAGCAUGGUACCCUCCCUGCGACUAAUGCUCAUCGCGUCACUGCGGCCAGAUAGAGUUUGUCAGUGCAUUUCUGAAUUUGUAUCGCUAUGGAUCGGCGACGACUUCUUGAAAAAACAAGAGAUAGAUUUCUUUUCAGUGGCUUCUCAGUCCACGCUUCAAGUUCCGAUUGUGAUUAGAGCAGAUGCGUGUAUUGAUAUUGUUUCAACCAUAGAAUGCAUUGCAAAUUUGAAUAAAGCAGUAAUCACUGGCGUGAAUUUUGGAGACAGAGAAUGUACCAUCGGCCGGGAUAUCCAGGAGAGGUGGAAUAUUUUGUUGUUUCCUACUGAAGAAAAACUUCAAAUGGUAUUGCAGCGGGCGCAGUUAAUAGAACCAAACAACAGUGUCAGGACUUGGGUGGUGAUAGACAUUAAAGAGCAACUGCAGAAUUACGAUUUUCAGCAUUCAGCUUUGUUUGUUUUGGAAAAACCACAGAGUAUUCAAGACAACAUGAAGCGUCUCUUGCAAAAUUUGCAAAUUAGGCACUGGUCCCAUUCUUUGAAACAACAUGCAUGGAAUGUUUCUCUUCUGCACACAUGUAUUCUUGGCAGGCAGAAUCUUUUGGAAGGGAAACUUUUGCAGCAAUAUGACUUUCCAGACACCGAUUUUCAUGUUGCUCUUUGCUUGCUGGAGAAAAUUGCUGCGAGGGGAUUUACUGACACUAUCAGCAAGGAAUUCUUAGAAUGGACCAUCGACGUAGCUUACUUGGGUCGGAUAAUCAACGAAGUGGACAGAACGAUGUUGACUAACAUAAGCAGUGAGAUAAUGUGGGAGCACGCGUUCACGGCAUCAUCAGAUGAUAAUCCACUGCAAAUGACGUGGAGCGAAGAUGGACUUUCAUUUGCAUUUUCCGAUUUGCCAACUAAGUCCUCAAAUAACCAGCAAAUGUUUGCGAUCAACGCGAGUUUUGCCAAUGAUUUGCGUGCAAGUGAAAGUUUGCUCAACAGUCUUCGCAAAUUGAGAGGAUUAACGCUGGAGACGCAGAUUGCAAGACUUGCAAAGCAAGCAAUCGCCAAAAUAGACGCACUUCUUGGAUUAGCGGAAUCAAAAAAUCUUGACUUUCAUGAGGACUCCAUCGCAUGGCCACAACUUCGGAAACAUUUGGAGCGAGAGCUUCAGUUUCUGCUUCAUGAAGUAUUCACGCCGAUGAAGAUGCAUGUUUUGGAUCUCAAAGAAGCGAUUUCAGGAAAACUUGUUUUCAACCGCGGCAUGCUAUCAGACGCGAUUGCACUGGAAAAAGAGCAGGUCCCAUCAAGAUGGUUUUCAAAUCAAGAAGAAGGGAGGACCUUGAGUUUUGAAAAUAUUAAGACGAAACUUUUGCUACUGACCCAAGUUGUUCAAGAUGUGAAAAGAUUAUCCCCUAUAACAAUUCAACUAAUAGCUUUUGAAUAUGCGGCCGCGCUUUUAUCGUCUCUAAAGCAGGCAAGUCUUGUAUUUUAAGUUCUUAAAAUUAUAGUUUAAUUUAUAAAUGUAAAGGAUUUGAGUGGUCAU